GCUAAAUAUUGUAAACAGGAAGUUUUGGUAUUUAGAGCAUGCGUGAAAUUUAGCGGGAAACUGCUGAUGGUGGUAAAAUCAAGACGUAUAAAAUAAAGCACAGAUAUGACUAAUUAUAACCUUAGUGCAGGGGCCAUUGAGGCGAUUAUCAAUGGACAGAAUUUUGACAAACCAGUGCUGCAAGUUAUUAGUUCUAAGAAGAUUACAACACAGGGAUCCAAUGCUGAUAGAUACAGAUUGCUGCUUUCAGAUGGUGUCGUCAGUUACUCACAUGCCAUGUUGGCCACACAAUUGAACAGUUUAAUGGAGUCAGGAGAGCUAGAUAAUUUAGCUGUUGUACAAGUAGACAAGUUCCUCUGCAACACAAUACAAGGAGACAGGCGUGUGUUGAUCAUUUUGGAUUUGCAUGUUCUACACAAGGGGUCAGAGGUCGACCAGAGAUUAGGAAAUCCUCAACAGUACAAGGCAGGAGCUGUUCAGGGCACGGAAUCAGAACACAAUUCUGCACAGUGCCCCCCUCAGAUGCCUAAACAGGAGGGGGUGGGUCAAAGCUUUAUUGGGUCUGUGUCAGAUAAGCAGGUCAACAACAAUGUGCCGAAAGCUGCAGGGAAUAUGAAUGGAGCACCCAAGAGCAACUACUCCUUAAAGGCCAACACACCUGGGGGUACACCUGGAGGCUCCACAAAAGUACACAAGAUAGACAGUCUAACACCUUACCAAAACAGAUGGAGAAUAAGGGCUCGUGUAACCCAGAAGAGUGGAAUCAGAACUUGGUCAAAUUCCAGGGGGGAGGGAAAGUUGUUCAGUGUCACUCUCACUGACGACUCUGCAGAGAUCAGGGCCACAGGAUUCAAUGACGCUGUCGAUAAAUUUUACGAUUUACUGGAAGUCAACAAGGUGUAUUACUUCAGUAAAGCCUCCCUGAAGACUGCCAACAAGCAAUACACGACUGUCCAGAAUGAUUACGAGAUGACGUUUAACGCAGACACCAUGAUUGAACCUUGUGAUGAUGACAGUAGUUUACCGACGAUGAGUUUCAACUUCGUCAAAAUCAAUGAAAUGGACAGCAAGGCUCCAAACUCUCUUGUCGAUGUUAUUGGUGUAGUGAAGACCUGUGGGGAUGUGACCACCAUUAUUGGUAAACAGAGUAAAAAAGAGAUCACCAAGAGGGACCUACAGAUUGUGGACCAGUCUGGGAUGUCCGUCAACAUGACACUGUGGGGGGCCGAUGCUCAGCAGUUUGAUGGUUCAGGCCAUCCUGUUUUGGCAGUCAAAGGAGCAAAGGUUUCAGACUUCGGAGGUCGCUCCCUGUCAGCCAUGGCCUCUAGUCAGAUCAUUCACAACCCAGACCUACGAGAGGGACACAUGCUAAAAGGCUGGUUUGAACAUGAUGGUCACAAUAUGGACUUCCAAGGAUAUAGAAAUGACAGCAUGGGAGGAGGUGGAGGAGGUACAACAAAUUGGAAGAGCUUUGCUGAGAUCAAGUCUGAGAACGUUGGGGCAGAUAAGCCAGAGUACUUCACCACUAAAGCCACAGUUCUCUUCUUACGGAAAGAAAACUGCAUGUACCAGGCCUGUCCUACAGACUCCUGCAAUAAGAAGGUUGUGGACCAGGGAAAUGGAAUGUACAGGUGUGAGAAGUGUGCCAGGGAGUUCCCUAAUUACAAGUGGAGGAUGAUUCUAUCGGCAAAUCUAGGUGACUACUCAGACAACCAGUGGGUGACCUGUUUCCAGGAAUCGGCCGAGGCUAUGUUAGGAAUCCGUGCUGAUGAACUAGGAUCUCUAAAGGACUCGAAUGAAACAGCAUUUGAUCAAGUGUUCCAAGAUGCCCUUUUCAAGUCAUACAUCUUUAAACUUAGAGCGAAAGUGGAAACUUAUAAUGAUGAAAGUAGGUUGAAGACAGUGACGAUGAAUGCUGGUACUAUUGAUUUCAAAGAACAAUCUCAGAGACUGAUAGAGGAGAUCAAAAGAUUACAGAUGUGAAGGCACACCUCUGUCAUCUUAGAUAUACAGUGCUGUUGUUAGUGAAGUGAAGAUGACAAAUGGCGUCUUUGUAUUUACAUGUGUAUAUGAUGUAAAUUUCAGGUGCCAGAAUAACCUCAUUUCCUUAAUUCUUUGGACAUUGGUUCUUUAGUUUGUUUAUUUUAAGUUAGUGUAUUAUCAGGGAAUAAAGGGUUUAGAAAAGGGAUUCUGAAUCAACCAGAAGAUUAUUAGUGUAUAGUUACAACUUUUCGUCAUAAAUCUGUAUGAAUAAAGCAUGCAAUUGGGGGGUAUUUACAUUUUAGUUUUGAUUUUUAAGGGUCAAAAAGUUAUACAAACCUGUAUUAACUGCUUAAAAAGAGUAUUAAUUUUUCUAUUUGCAAAAGAUAAUGGGAUUGAUAAAAAGAAUAUUGUCAAACUUAAAUUUCAUAAUUUCAACAAAAAAUAUGUUCAUCACCAAACACAGUGCAAUUAUGCUGUACAUUAGUAUAUUCAUAGAAAGUAUCAAGGAUUCUUCUUCAUUUUAAUGAUUUUGAUACGUGCAGUAAUUGAUACGUGCUCUUUUGUAAUAGCACUAGAAGGAACUAUAGAGUGCUGUAAAAGCUGUACUGUAUUAUGUGUAUAUUAAACCUGUCACUGAUAUCCUGUGGACAAAUUUAAGUACAAGUAAGGCAUGGAAAAGAUUUCUUGUAAGUGUUUAUUUGUAUAAACAAUGAAAGAACUGAAAUAAAUUAUUCAAGUAA